AUGAUGUCACUUUUCCCUAAGUCUCAACAUGCUUUGAUUGAGUCUAAAAAUUGUGAAGUCUCUGAAGUGAUGCAAAAAGAAGUUUUCUCACCUUCCCUGGAAUACUUCUUAACGCCUCCGUCGACGUCUUCGUCGACUACAGACGAUCACAUCUAUCCUAAUGAUUUCAAUUAUUACAAUGCGAAUUUGAAUAAAAACCAGUUCAAUUUAAUAUUAAUUAAUAGCUGCAUAAACUUACUCAAGAUUUUAUACCCUGAUGCAGACUUCACUAGAACAAACGUUAGAUUCUUCAUAAUUGAGUUAUUGAGAAGAUCAAAGGUCUCAAUUCAUAUUUUGCAGAUUUGUUGCUUUUACCUAGCAAGAUUGAUCAAAGUCAAGUAUGGUGAGGACUCUGUUGAGGAGUUUCCAACUUGCCCAAAGCAGUCAUUUUUAGCACUCGUAAUUCUUGCUUCAAAAUUUUCUCAAGAUUGCAACUACUCUUUCAAGACAUGGCUUAAGAUAUGUGGAUAUAAAAGCGAUGAUAAGGAUGCGAAAUACUCAUUGACUUUACAAUCCCUUAGAAACACAGAGACAAUGUGUCUCAAAUUAUUGGGUUAUAAUUGUUCAUUGCAUGCAUUAAAGUAUGAAAACUGGUGCAAUAUUCUUGUUAUAUUUGGCUACGAUUUCAUCAGGCUGCAAAGUAUUUGUGAGAAUAGUAUCAUUUGGGAAUCUGGAGAUUUGACUAUUAUUUCGAAGCUUUCUAAAUGGAAGAAAUUUCUCACACAAUUGAAGUUCUCAAAUUUGGAUACGGUUAAGAUUGACUUUGGCAAAUAUUAUAAUAAUCAAAUUGGGAAAAAAGUUUUUUUAAGCUGUUCGAAGGAAAGCAUUCAGCCUUCACUGCUGAUGAUUGUCAGUCGCAAAAAUCUUAGGGACAAUGCAUAUGAUGAUGUUGGCUCACGCAAGAAAUUGAAAGUAAAUAUGUGGUAA